AUGUGGCUGCAAAGGAACAAGGGCAUCUUUGAUGCGGAGUUCGUGCAAGUGAAAAGUGUUAUUCAAAGCAGACGCCGACACCAACUGGAAGCUUUGUAUGCGAAGCAAAAAGUGGUCGACACCACGGCACCACCGAUGGGGUGGUACAAGGUGGUGCCGUGGUACAAAUUAAAUGUGGAUAGUGCACGAAAUCCUUUAAAUGGAUUGACGGUUUGUGGUGGGGCAAUCUGGGAUGAAAAUGGACAAUGGAUUUAUGGUUACGCGAAGAUGACUAGAUGUUGUUCGAUUGUUGAUGUGGAAUUAUGGGGAGCGUACAAAGGCUUAGGGUUAGUUUCAAGUAUGAAUGUACAACAGUUUUACGUUGAAACGGACUGCAAAGGAGUUUGGAACCUAUUAAAGCAAGAAGCUAAGAUGGAUUGUAUAUCUCCAUGGUACUAA